AUGGUCCUUGAGGAUCUGGACCCGUUGCCUUGGCACAUUCACCGAUACAAGUUCGCGGACCAGCCACUUCAGGCGGUGUCAAAGGAGAAGGAAAUAGAGCGCAUCGCCCGAUACCGUCGGCAACUCCAUGCCUUCGCAUCGCUUGCCCUCACGUCCCGUGCAUUUCGGCAGGCAGUCAAUCACUACCUGUAUCGCACCCUGGUCAUCUUUCCUUCCACUGAUGUCGCUGCGUUAUCCCCGUCACUGGAGAAAUAUGGACACGUCGUCCGCACCAUCGUCCACGAUGCAACCGUGGGCGAUAUGCCCUGGCACGCGUCAAUAGACGAGAGGCCCCGCCUCAUUGGCAGGUGCUUCUGCCUGAUCCUGCACGCCAACGACCUGAAAGUGAUCGGACAUCAUAUCCUCUUCAUGCCGCGGCAUUCCCGCACCUACGGAUUGACCCAACAUGCCUCCUUUCCACGAAACACAGUCCUGGCGCCGCCUUUCAACUUUGGCCCCGAUGGAGACCUUGACAUGGCAGUGCCGGCCGGAAUGCAUGAGACAAGCAGCUAG